AUGCCAUCUUUCACGAAUGCCUCUUCGUCGGCGGUAAUCCCAUCAACACGAGUUAAUCUAGCGGUCAGCUCCUCAGAGGCCGCUUCCUUGGGAGGCAAAAAGGCCAAGACUCCAAUUAUUGCCGGUUCUAUAUGCGGCUCUCUUUUGCUCAUAGCUUGGAUCAUUGGUUUCGCGGUAUAUUUCAAAAAACGUUACAGAAGAAAGGAACGAAACCGUCUCAUCGCAGCAGGCGAAAUGGCUCCUAGAGAGAAAGAUGUGAGACCACCUGCAGAGAAAGUAGUUAUCCCUCCCGACCCAGCUGUCUUGCUCGGUCAACGCAGACCCGGAGAACAUGCUUUCCCCGAACGAGAAUUCUCCAGAGGAAAUUCGUGUUCGCCAAAGCUGUUCCGACAUGAAACCAAUAAAUCGAUGAUUAUACCUUCACAUGCCUCUACGCUUCUACACGACGAAUCAGUCGUGGAUCCUCCACGAACACAUCGAAGACGAGACGAAAUGAAUACGCCUUUCAAAAUCUAG